GUCGGGAUUCCUGCUCAGUGUUGGUAUUUGUAUAUCGCAAACGCCAGUCGUAAUACCCAAUUCGAGCUCAAGUUUCCUGGUCGAAGAUACAACGCCAACCAUGCAUCGUAAAAGAGCAGACCGUGAGAAGACUGAGUCCUACAACGUUGACGAGAGCGCGAUUGACGACGAUGACUGGGAGGACUCGAACGAGGAGAGUGGCAAGUCGAGCAUCGACGAAAAGACCUUCUUCCAGCGUGUCGACUCCAAGGUGAACCUAACUUCGAGGCGGUCGCUUAUCACUCUGAUGCUGGAACGCAACGACCGCCAGGUGAAGCUGGGCAACGGCGCCUCGCAGUCGACGUCGGCCAUCCACCAGGACCAGCCACAGCGCCAGGGGCCUUCCUUCGUGGCGUCGCCAACCGAUUCGGACGACAGCCCCCUGAUGAUGAGGGGCAGCUGGGCCGCACACCUCAAGCCCAUCAACGAGAUCCCGAGGUCGGCGGCGCAGCCCAUCCUGACUUCGGCCCACAACAGCCAUUACCAAGCAGCGCUCUCCCCCAGGACGACGAGGCGUAAUAUGAUUUCCACCGAGUUGACCGAGAGCCUCCGACGGCACCUCGUUUGGGAGCGGUCGCAGAGGUCGUCGACGGUCAACGCAGUCCUUAAACGCCGCCACACCUCGCACGAUGUGGUCAACCUUAGGCAGUACCCGGAGAGGGUGGUCAUGAAGAAGGACACCGACGUCAACACUAGCAGCUACGACCAGUACUUUGAUCGCGACGCCGGGUACCACUCUAAGGGCUGGUAAUCGUUGUUGACGACAUACCACUCAUAAUACUCGAGCCAUAAACACAGCAUCUUUCGACACAGCACUAUAAGCUCACUUCCAGAUAGGCCCUGCUGCAGAACCUGUUUAAGCUAUAUAUAUCUUUGCGGCGUUGUAAUCCAGGUCGGGACGACGAACUCGACCCGCGCGCCAUUACGCCGGUUGUAAGGCUCAAGCACGCGGAGCC